AUGGACGCCUCAGCACCCAAGGCAAUUCUCACAUCCGAUAAUUUUCCCCAUGCACAGGAGAUUUCGCGGGCCACCUCCCCAGGUGGUGAGCCCGCCGCGGUAAACGGGGACGGCGAGCCCAAGGCCCGCGUCCGACCGCGCACCUAUCCUUAUUUCUCAUAUCUCCCAUACCAACUAGAAGAUGAAACAGAGCGGAAUCGGACCCUGCGAGAAAUUCUGAACCACCUCUAUGUCUCAGUGGAGGCUGGAGACUUCAGCCCGGGAGCUGUACACUGGACACGCGAGCUCAGAGGAUGGCUAUCUCUGAAGUUCGAUCCGACUCGAAAGGAAAGAAUCAAUCUCGUGAAGCUCUAUUACGAACUCUCCUUAGCUCCUGGGAUCGAUCCGAGUACUGCGGAGCGAUUCGCGAGCAUGUUCAUGCUUCUCACCAAGCGCAAGCACUACCUUAGACCCGUGAAAGAUCUAACUCUGGAUUGGAAAUCAUUAUACAAGGAAGUGAAGGCUUUUGUUCUCCCAACCGAGUCUGGUCUGGUCCACUCGACCAACCUGAAGCGCAACGUGAAGACAUUAACUAAGCUUUGCGCAUUUGCUCAACUAUUCAUUGACCCUUGCGAGGUGCCUGCAAUGCUUGAGGAGUUCCUACCUCACUACACCACUUCAUUCUCAGAAGGUGCCUUUGUCGUCGCGGGGUUGAUUAAUUUGAUGCUACCAACAUCACCUCCUCCAGCCGAUCGUGGUGACCUUCUUCCUCAGAAUUAUUUGCCAACGCAUUUCCAUAUGUGGUCGUUGGUGGGUCGCUCGAAGACAUUUGAUACAACAUAUCUGGACUACCUCUCCCGGCUAGCUCGAGACUCGCUGCCAGCCGGUCAUAUCCCAUUCUCAGAGAAUGGUAUUUUCACCACUGAACAGUCCGCCCUUAUCUUCACCGCUGUACUCAGACUGCUAGAGAUUCCCGUAGGACAAUCUACUUCACCCUAUAGUGCGUUGGUGGAUAUCUCUUCUGGACUGGGCAUUAUGCUUGAUCGCGAUACCCGAAAGCACCCCGUUGCGCAUCACAUCGCUCGAUGGAUAGUAAUGUCUCUCUCUCCUGCAUGCCUGGAGUCGGAAGAUUCGAUUCUCAGCCAGCUUGAAGGUCUCAUUCAAGCUGUUGAGACGUUCUUUCAUCCUUCCAACUCAGGCAGCUGGACGAAGACCCUAUCACAGUUAGUUUACUACCUUACCGAUUUCUUCGUGAUGCGAUGGAAUCGGGAGCAGAGUGGAGAAAUGGAAAUUCCAGCUGAGCGACGACUGAACGAGCCAUUGAAACGCCGCUUCGUUUUGUGUUUGCGAGACGUAAUUUUCAUGGGUAUCUACGCUAAGAGCAGCACUGCCAUGACUUUCUCUUUAUCGACCCUCCAAGGUCUUGCAUACCUGGAGCCGCAUCUCAUUCUUCCUGGUGCUCUGCAGAGAAUUUACCCAUCCCUGCAAGGCCUGGUUGAGGUCCACAGAACUACUUCGUCCCUACGCGCCAUGCAAGUAUUGUCCCGGGUUAUUACACGUACAAAGGGCUACCGUUGCCACAUGACGACUCUUCUAGGCCUCGCUUUGCCAGGAAUAGAUGCUAAUGACCUUGAAAAAUCACUUCAUGCUCUUUCGUUUAUUCAAUCUGCAUGUUAUAAUAUUCCAAUGAUUGACCUGACCCAGGGGAGAGAAGAUAUCAAUUGCAACAUGCUUGCCGUGCAGUGGAUUACCGGCGAGAUGGAGAGAAUGGAGGAAGAAGGGGCCGAUGUGGAGUUGAAUUACGAGAGGGAUCUAGACGAUGAGACAGAAGAAAUGAUUCUCCGCUCCUCUACAUGCGGCUUUGGUGACUUCACAAUUUCAUUCCUCGGGCGGGUUUUCACCCUGCUAGAGAACCUCCCAGAUGUCACCAGGGUGCGGAAUGGCUCACCGGAAGAGAACAUUGUCAACACGCUUCCUGCCACUUUCAUGCCACUCCUUGCAUCUCUAUCCCCAGAGUACUACGAUAUUGCACUCGGAAAGAUUGUUGAUUUUGUAUCCAAUCACGUCAUUCACCAAGCACGAGAUGCUAUGGCCUUCAUUUGCAACGCCCUCUGCAAGGUCAAUCCGGAGAAGGCUCUCAAGCGCUUCAUCCCUGUUCUGACCCAAGCAAUUCGCACCGAGAUUGAAGAGAAUGGCGCCGGCUCUACCCGAACUACUGGCACUGAUGUUCUUCCUCGUGACCGUGGAUUAGUCUGGAAUGUCAGUAUGCUGAGUAUGUGUGUGGUUCAUGUCGGCGACGCCGUACUUGCUCAUCGCCAAGAGCUCUUCGAUAUCGCAGUGUACAUGCAACAGAUGUGUCGGGGAAUCCCAACUGUCCAUAUCUCCAACUAUAUCCACCACCUUUUGCUGAACCUCACUGGAACUUAUACUAGAGACUACACUAUGUAUGAGCCGGCUGAUAUUGAAGGUGGCAUUCAGCCUGACCACUGGAGCUACAGACUCGAUGUUAAUAAGCUCAACAUCCGCUGGCAUGUGCCCAAGAGGGAAGAGCUGGUGUUCGCUGUUGAGGUCUUUAAGAGUCAGGCUGAAUCUGCAUUGAAACAUCUUUCUGGCUUGACAAAUGAAACAUCUAGCAUCAAACGCGAUGGCAGUGGUAAGGAUUGGUCUGAUGAAGUUACUCGCAAUCUUGUUCUUCUGCGACUUCUUCUUUCCGGUAUCUCGGUGCUCUUUGACCCUAAGGCUGCAGCGAAAACAUCACCGGAAUACUCCAAUGGCGUAUCGGUUGUCUCCAAGGAGCUCGAGAUGGCCGAUGACCCAUCCAUUUCAAAUGGGGCAGGGGAUGAAUCUGAUGCACUCCUCGACAGUUCAGAUGAAGCUUCCGUCAAAGAAAGCUUCGCUUAUCCAACUGGAUAUCCUCUCCAAGAGGGUGAUGACCUUUACAAUACAAUUCACGAGAUCCGAGAACGAUCUGGCUGGGUCCUGCACGUGGUGCACCGAUUCUUGAGCGAUAAGCAGGAGGACGAUGUACCAUGUUUUGGUGCACUUUACUCCGCUUUCCGAUCUUGGUUCGUGGAUGUUGGUAUUGAGCGAUCGGCUCAUGUUCUUGACCGCGUGACACGACUUCUCGCCGCGGACAUCCACCCAUACAAGAUGAGCGGAAUCAGAAAGGACUACCCGAGAGCACUUCUCGUCCGGAGGGCUAAUGUCUAUCACUUGCAACGUCUACGUCACAACGCUGCCCCACGGUCGCGCUCUAAGCUCGAUGAAAUCCUUCUCUUUGAUCUUGCCGAGUCCUGCGUGUCCACCUAUACUGAGACGCGGCGAAAUGCCCAGAAUGCUGGCGAGUCAGCUCUCAAAGCUGUCUGGGGUGCACGAUCUCUCAUUAUCCCCCCUCUUCUGAAUGCGCUACAAACUGGUGUCAAGGAGAACGAUCAUGCUCGUAUUAAGGGAGCUUUGUUCUCGUUACUGUUGAGCAGUGUUGCAAAGACUGCUGGGCGGAACUGGAAAUAUACACCUAAUAUAAUUCGAACUUUCCUUGACGCCAGCGCUGUUGAUAAGCCAUCUGUUCAAAAGAUUUGCUCUACUGCUGUGUUCCAAAUAAUGGAUUACGGUCGCUCCAUGGAAAGAAUGGCCAUUCUGGACCAGGAGAUCGUGGAGGCAAUCGCUCCUAUUGCAGACGUCACUGAAGAGAUUGAACAGAAACGUGCAGCCAUCAACAAGAAGCGUGCUCUGAUCGAGAAGAGGAAGGCGUCCCUUGCUGAGGAACUGGUCGACUUGGCUAGAGUCUCUCACUGGAAGAUUGCCAGUCGUGCUGCGACCAUCGUUGUCACCAUGGGCUUACGAUUUGAUUAUGUUGCGAGCGAAAACUUGAUCAAUCUGGUUGCCUCGGGUUCUAUUGAUGACCACCCAGGUCUCCGUGGAAUGUAUUCCCAGGCACUGAUUGCUCUGUUCACCAUGAUCGAUGUUCGCGCCAUCUGCGGCCACGAAUACAAGAACUACAUUCUUGGUCACCAGCGUUUCCCUGCUAAGAUCAAGGUGGCAACUCGACCUUAUGAGAAGGAAUGGACUCAGGAGUACCUGUCCAGCUUUGCCAAGCCUGAAGCUGAGUACUACGUUGACCAUGAUUUCCCUGGUUGGCUUGUAUGGGGCAAAACAAUGCCCGCGUACAAAUCUAAUGUUGCACGCGACAUCGAGUACGACGAAGUGGAAUGGAAAGUGCGAACCCACAUGGGUAAAUUGUUCACCCGUGAAUGGUUCUCAAAGUUCUUCAUGUACUUGAAGCAAGAGCCCAGGGAUCCCUCUGCUGACAAAUUCCGCAUGUCAUCUGCCAUGAUGCUUCUCUAUGCCUUCGAGCUUAUGCUUCGUGAUGGUCUUACAACGGCUACUUUCAAGGAGAUUCAGCAGGAAAUUCAGCUUGUUUACGAGGAUGGCAGUGAUAAACACCAACAUCGUGCGACUGCAGAGAUUCUUGGUGCGUUGAUUAGCUCUGUGACAGAUAGUAGUGUUGACAAACGGACACUGGUCUGGGAAUAUGCUUUCCCUAUUGUCAGGAAGAUCUUUACCGAUGGUCUCACUCCUGAGAACUCUGGAUACUGGACUACAUUCCUUCACAUGAUUCUACAAUGCCGCGAUCCUCGACGCGCUUGGCCUCUGGUUGACUGGCUGGCAAGCUUCCGCUUGGAUAUGACAACAAAUGCUGCCUUCAAGGAAAGCUCCAAAAUUAACCUCUUGCAUCAAUGUAUUAUUGAUGCCGGCUGGCACUUCCAACUUGAUCAGCCAAUUACGGAAGAUUUCCUGUCACACCUCGACCACCCCUACAAGGGCGUGCGAGAGGCUAUGGGACAGACACUUGCAACAAUCUACCGUACGAGAUACCACGAGUCAUACCCCGAUCUAAAGCAUCUAUUGGACGCCCAAAAAGCUUCUUCGUCCGUUGGUAGCUAUCCUUAUGCUCCUUCAGAUGAGUUCUCAGCCACAAUCCGUGGAAUCUUCAGCCGCAUUGAAGAGUGGCGACAUGCCAGAACUCCAGGCCAACAGACACCUUCUUCAUACACCUCUGGUAGCAAAACGGUGCUUCUAUGGCUGGAUUCGACCCUGUCCUCUCACGAGUGUACUCAGCUGGUUCCAUUCUUCCCUGAUGUGUUCACUGCUCAGCUUCUGCACAUGAUGGACGUAAAGGAAGAUCCCGAGCUCCAGUCUCUUGCAUACCACGUCUUCCGCCAUCUCCCUAACAUCCCCUACCCUGCCGAGAAGAGCUCCGAAUUCAUUCAGUCACUCAUCCGUAUCGGUCAAACAUCUCCAUCAUGGCAUCAACGUCUGCGCGUCAUGAUCAACAUCCAGAUCAUCUACUUCCGCCGACUCUUCCUCUUGGCCUCUGCCGAUCGUGAUAAGCUUUUCGAGUGCAUCGCAUCCAUGCUAGAGGAUCCGCAGCACGAAGUCCGCGCCGGUGCAUCCGCCACUUUAUCCGGAAUGAUCCGUUGCUCUCCCGUUUUCCUUCGGGACAAGAUGGUUGCGCGCUUCCAAGAGCGAUUCACAAAGCUCCUUGCAGAAAACCCUCUCCCCAAGAAGCCAAAGAACUUUCGUUCUGGUCUCUCGUCGGCCGUUUCUUCAGGCGCUGGUACCCCAACACCCGAACACAACCGACUUAUUAUCGUUCGACAUGCUGCAGUUCUCGGUCUUGGUGCCCUUAUCCAAGCAUUCCCCUACAACAGCCCUCCACCACUCUGGAUGCCAGAAGCGUUAACUACGCUCAGCAUUCGCGCUGCUCAUGAUCCAGGUGUUGUGGGCUCAAGCGUGAAAUCGAUUAUCAGUGAAUUCAAGAAGACCCGACAAGAUACCUGGCACAUUGAUGCAAAGGCUUUCACUUCAGAUCAGCUGGAAGAUCUCUCCGGUGUUCUAUGGAAGAGUUACUUCGCGUAA